AUGCCGUCCCACAGGAAAAGUGGUGGUGAUCUCGUCCCAGUACGAAUUAUGGAGCGGUUGAAAGAGACUCCGGAAUACGAUUCUAGUAGAUUCACAAAACAGUUUGCUUGCCGGAUAACUCUUGACGAAGAUUUAGCUGAGUCGACAUUCCAACGGAGGGAGGAAGAUGAAACUAGGCCUGCUGAAAUGGAUUCGGACCUCAAAGAGAACAGUCCCAUCCCUCCUGAGUAUCAGUUUGAUGCCGAGGGACGAGCCAGUCUACCCGAUGGAACGCCCGUUGUCGAACCAGUUUCAGUAGAUGGUAAAGGAGAACUGCCUCAUAAGAAAGCCAAGAUUCAGCGUACACUACGGUCAUCAAGACUUUCCAACGCUGGUGUACUGGAUGUUGUCAGAUGUACGGCAUGUGCAACCAUUUUGCAAAUCGCUUUCAUGCCUUUGAAAGUUCACCCGGUACUCAGAGUUGUCACUUGCAAGCGCUGUGCCAAGUUUUACGCGCGCCAAAGUUUUAAACAGGAUGGCGAGGGGCAUGAUGAAAAUUGUCGAUGGUGUGGAGACGGUGGUGAUUUGAUCUGUUGUGACACAUGUUCGAAUGCAUUUUGCAAACGUUGCAUCAAACGCAACCUCGGGCGCUCAGCCUUAAGCGAACUUGAAGCACUUGGAGACGACGAUGUAUGGAAGUGCGUGGUUUGUGACCCCAGUCCGAUUCGCCGACUCCAAAACCAGUGUUCCGAGGUUAUGAAGGAGGUGAAGGAAUUUCGUGCAUUUCAAAGACUUCGUAACGAGAAGCGUCAAGAAGACAACAGAAUUCGAGUUCCGACUACAGAACAGAAGCCUAUCAAACCGAAUGAGGGUGUAGAAUCAUCCUCAACAACCUCGACGCUGGAUCAAUGCUCCUCACAGUGCGCUUCACAAUCAACUCCACUGGACACGCUUUCAAAUUUGUUCGCUCAACUGGGCCAAUCAGCUCUGCAACAGAGUGCGUCAGAACCAAUACCACCUUCCACCCUGACAAAUUUUCUGCAGUGUCUCGGACAAACUAUUAAUCCCCCUACUGACCCAACUGUUGCACAAUCACGAUGGUCAGGUAUUCGUCCUCAUAUCGGAACAGUGUCUCCCAAGGUCCGCCAUUGCAAUUUGGGUUAUCUACCCGUGGCGCCCACUCCCAUCCAUUCGGUGACACAAACAACGAGCGUACAACCAAAACCAGUGACCUGUGUUCCCGUUACGCCGGCAGAAGUGACACCUGCGCCAACAGCCAGUUUUGAUGUUUUGUCCAUUUUAACUCAAAUCAAUAAUGUGAACGUCGAUAAUAUCCGUGUUGCCCUCAGAGCCACCAGGCGUUGUAUCGAGACGUUCUCAUCAGAUAUACGCCAGUUGGAAACUAGGUCGGCGAAAGCCUCUCACCCUGGUGAGCUACCACCGAUUGUUCGAGCUUUUCAGAGCUCAUAUCGCUUUCAUCUGUUUGCUCGUUUGGCCAAUCUGGAAGCUCGGAUGCGUGAAGAAGUUCCUCGGCCACUGAACACGUCGACGGUCACCUUAAAAAUGGGACCAAAUCUUGGCUUAUCUUCAUUGAGUAGAAAGACUGUGGCUAACUCCAGAUCUCGAUACAAACCUGUGACUAUUGACCUAACUCAUGAUAAUCCGGCACCUGUUGCAAAGAAUCCGAGUUCCGCCACACCAACUAGCUCGGCUUCCGUUGUUGCCACAGCUGCCGCAGAAUCCAAAAGCAGUACUUUCCCCGUCAUUUCAGACGCUACCACUGAAACUAUACCUCGGUCUCAGGAAAUUCUGGAUUUGUCUUCAAACGAAUCCGAUGCAUCAACCGCAAAUCCCAUGUCCGUGAAGAUCUACGAACCUGCUUCAAAGCGAAUCCGGGUUGAUGGGGAAGAAUCGCUCGCCACUUCUAGCACUAAGGGAAUUGAUCCGAACCGCAACUCCGGAGAAAAUAGGCCAAUCACCCUCAAAACCGAGACAAGCGAUCGGUCGCUUGGCGCUCAACCUUCUCUGGUUGUUGUGAAUGAGCCACAGCUGAACAAGGACUCGUUUACAGCGACAGCAAACCGUCAAAUUAAAACAGAACUAGCUGAAGAGGCUCCUCAGAGAGUGGAAACGAUACGUGACCUGAAUGAACAGGAAAAUUCAACGAACUCCAGUUUCAUUAAAGGAACAGAAACACUCAAAAAUGGCAAUUCCUCUACACUUCAAACACCUAUACAAGAAAGCUCCGUUCGUCUUGAAGAUAUCAGGCACUGCAUUGGCGAUACGUCCGUGGUUGACUUGAGAGAAGCAUCGAGACACGGUUUGCCACCAGAUCUAGUUGCUUCUGUGUCAGGCGAUAAUGCAUCGUCCUCUGAACCUGGUUCUGAUGCCGAAAUCGCCGACUUAGACGCUAGUGUCCUGGCCCUUGAAAGAGCUUGCGCAAAGCUCACCAAACGCCCAGGCACGAAAUCAGGUGACAGGAAUGGAUCAGGUAUUUUGGUCAUCGAGGUGGCUCAGUGGUCCGUGGUUCAAAUCCAGCCUCUGCAUCUCAGCUUCCCCCGUCUAGGCUUGGGCAACCCGGCGGUAUCUCCGUCCUGGUACUUCCUUCGGGUAGCGCGGCAGCUAGGCACCGAAAUGGUGUUACAGCUGGACGAUUUUUUCCUCGAGAAUAAUACCGAAACCCACAGGCCACGGAAAUUAGCCAAAAGAAAACCAAAGCGCACUCUUGAAACUGUGGAUGAUGAUUGGUCGAUCGAAGAAGAACUUCAAGAUGAGGUGUCUGAUGGGGAGGCUUCUUCAAUCAAAGACUUGAUACCGGCCGAUGAAACACCUGUGGACCAACAAGAACUCCGAUCUGCUCUUCUAGAUCAGGCCGAUUCGGAUUAUCGAUCAGAUAUGACCUACCGUGCUCGUUUACUGCAAAGCAGUUCCGAUGACGAAGACGAACAAGAUAAAAAUGUAGAUUCUGAAACUGAGGGUUCGGCCGAGACCGAGGAAGCUUUAGAAGGACACGAGGAAAAUGUGAGUAAACUCAAAAAUACCCAAAAGAGCUCCAAGCCAGCAACCGCGUCGAAAUAUACUGGUGCGCUUCGUCAGCUGAUGCAGCCCUUGUCUAGUAUGGAUAAAUCUGAAAAAUCCUCGUCGAAAAAUUCCGAGCAGUCGAUGCAGUCGGACAAGGAAGAAACACCUGCCGAAUCCGAAAAGGGGGAGGAUAAGGCAACGAAUGCCAAAUCCCGUCAACGUACUAAAACUACUGACACGAAUCCUGAUAGGUGGUUUUCCAGCGAUGAUUCUGAUUCGGAGCCUUCUUCAUCCUCAUCUUCGGGAAAGCAAUUUUUCGAUACCACCAAACGACAGUUUCGACGGACAAACGGAAAAUUCAAGAAAAUAUCAGCUCUGGACAGUGGAGAUUCGAACAGCAGCAGCGAAGAAAGUAUUAAACCCCGCAAAGCUCGGCGGAAGUUGGUAGCUAAGCCUGAUGAAGUUGGUUCAUCCGACGAAGGAAUGCGUAGAAAGUACCAUGAUAAAUCUGGCAAAAAGCCGACUGGUCCAAGGCGUUCCCGCCUCAAGCGCCAAUCUGAUGGUGAAAGCGCUGACGAGCAAGUGUCUGACGCGAGCGUAGUGGAAGUAAAAGUAACGUCAGCACCAGCUUCUGAUGACAGCGACGCCGAGCGGAAAGGUAGGAAGAAAAUACGGAAGAUCUACACGAAGUCUCAUCUGUCUCAAUCAACCAAAACUGCUGAGGCAGAGGAGCGAGAACGCCGUCGCCGGAUUGCGGACAGGCAGAAAAUGUAUAAUGAUUGGGUUAUCCAGGAAGGUGAAGGUAUUGAUGUGGUGACGAAGAAACUCAUCUUGGAAAAGCCGACAGAUGAAUCCUCCUCGUCCCCAGCCACUGUGAUUCGUGUGCAUUCGGAUAUUUUGAAGCAUUUGAAACCACAUCAAGUCGAAGCGGUUCGCUUUCUGUGGGACUGCGUAAUUGAAUCUGUGGAACGUCAACAGAAAUCACCCAAUGACUAUUCCGGUGGGGCCAUACUAGCUCACUGUAUGGGUCUGGGAAAGUCCCUGUCCAUAAUAGCCUUUAUUCACACUUUAUUCUCCUAUGUUGAUGUGCUGAACCUCAAGAGCUGCUUGAUCAUUUGCCCGGUAAACACAUUGCUUAACUGGAAACACGAAUGGGAGCACUGGUUGCCUCAGGAAGAACCCAUCGAUAUCUUCGAGUUGGCUUCGAAACCCGACAAGAAGCUUCGUGUAGAUGUGCUCAAACAUUGGUUCCGAAAGGGUGGAGUGCUACUUAUGGGGUACGAUAUGUUCCGGAAUUUCGUCAAUGGGAGGAGGGCAACGCGGAGUAAGGCCAAUCGGGAAGCAGUCAAACAAGCUCUCGUUGAUCCUGGGCCCGAUAUUGUGAUUUGUGAUGAAGGCCAUAUGCUGAAAAACGACAAGUCCGGGCUUUCCAAGGCUGUAUCACAGAUUCGAACCUUGAAGCGAGUUGUCCUGACUGGUACUCCGCUGCAAAACAAUCUCAAUGAAUACCAUGCCAUGGUGAACUUUGUCAAGCCUAAUCUACUCGGCACCGCUCGCGAAUUCAAUAAUCGAUUUGGCAACCCUAUACGCAAUGGACAACAUUCCAACUCAACUGAGAGAGAUGUGAAGCUGAUGAAACGACGUGCUCAUGUGCUGUACAAAAUGCUAGACGGUUGUGUCCAGCGCAAAGACUACAAUGCACUCACGAAGUAUUUGCCUCCUCGUUAUGAAUAUGUGGUUAUGUGCCGUUUGAGCGAAGCCCAGCGUGAACUUUAUCAAACCUACCUCAGAGUGCGCGCUGAUCGUCUUCCCCUAAACACUAAUUACCGCGGUGAGGAAACUCGCCAAACGUUGUUCCGUGAUCAGCAAACGCUGUACCGUGUGUGGACACAUCCGUUCCUGCUCCGAAGCCAUGAGACCCGAGAGGCCCGUCGGAUCCUACUAGAAGAUAAUGACGAAGAAUCCACCGACCUCACCGAUGCCUCCGAUACGACUGAAGAGACGAUCAAUUCCGGAAGUUCCUGCAGUGAAACAGAUUUCCGAUCCGGGAAGUUAAAGACGGAUGAGAUAUCAGCCACCACCCAUAAGCGCCGCACGCGAUCAAAUAAAAACAACUUUGAGGCUGAGGACAAUGUCAUCUGCUUGGAUAGCUCGGAGGACACACAGCAAGCAUUAGGAGAUGACGCGAAUUCCAAAGAUCCCUGGUGGUACAAACCGUACAAAGAUGAGUACGACUGGUGUUUGGAAGUUGGUGGAAAGUUGGAGGUAUUGUUUCACAUUCUCAAGAAAUGUACCGACAUUGGAGACAAGGUGAUCAUCUUCACACAGAGCCUUCUCUCGCUUGAUUUACUUGAACGGUUUCUUGGAGAGAUCCAUCGCCAGUGGCUUGUACACCAGGGUGAAUUGGCUGAUGUUGGGCCCGAUGGAGAAACUACGCCACGACCGAAUCUGUCUCGCUAUUUCUCCGACGUCAAUGUGAAUACAUGGGUUAGGGGGCAUGACUACGAGCGAAUGGAUGGAAGUAUGAAUGCCAUGGUCCGAAAGAACUUGCAACACCGUUUCAAUCGCGUUUCGAACACGCGUCUACGGCUCUUCCUCAUCUCUACGCGAGCGGGUGGUUUGGGUAUCAAUCUGACCGCAGCAAACCGUCUGAUUUUGUUCGAUGCUUGUUGGAACCCUAGUCAUGACAUACAGUCCAUCUUUCGCUGCUAUCGUUUCGGACAGACGAAGCCCGUCUACAUUUAUCGCCUGAUCGCUCAAGGCACUAUGGAGGAGAAGAUCUACGAUCGCCAAGUCACCAAGCAAUCCUUAUCGCUUCGUGUCGUCGAUGAACAACAGAUUGAUCGACACUUUACAAUGGCAGAUCUCCUCGCCUUAUAUACUUUUGACCCAGAUAUUUGGGUUGCCAGUGAAGCGGAUAAGCGGCCUACACCUAAACUGCCAAAAGACCGUCUAUUGGCCGAUAUGUUAUCUGAAUUUCCUCAUCUCAUCGUCAAUUAUCACGAGCAUGACUCACUUUUGGCACAUAGAGAAGACGAGGGGCUAACAGAAACCGAAAGACAGGAAGCAUGGCGCGAGUAUGAAGAAGAAAAAGCCCUAGGUAUGUCUUUGGCUCAGCAUCAGCGUUUGCUACAGCAGCAGGAGAUCAUGGCCCAAAAUCAGCAGCAUCUUCAGUACUUUAGGACAACGUAUCAGCCACCAGCGCAACAGCUACCUCCACUGGAGCCGAGAGCUUUCCCGCCAUCUAUGAAUCCCUAUUAUCAAUAUGGAUCUAGUAACUUCAUGCGAAAUGUCAGUCCUACCGCAUACCCACCACCCAUCCCGAGGCAUCCUGUGGAGCCACCGCCAAUUCCUCCGCCUACAGUGACAAGGAUUCCAAAUAGUGGUAUGCCCUACAUGGAACUUUUCGACAAAUACCGUUCGUAUGUGCUCAAGAAUCGACCUAGCCUUGCGGCUGACCCAAUCCAAUUGGAGAAUACCGUCUUAUCCUAUAUCAUGGACUCACUUUCAAAACAAGCACGAGUCGGGCAAUCUUCAACCUCCGCAGCUGCUUUUGGUUCUGGCCAACCCGGACGUUCACUUUGAUCAAGAAGUAGCUUGAAAAGCCGCGUUUUUAUCAAGACACUCCCACUUGGGAGAUAAUUUGCAACAUAGAAAGCCGUGUUCCUUUUAUUCCCCCGAAUGUGCAUUUAAUAUGGCUCAAGACUGGAGUAAAUCAUGCGCAGUAGGCAUGAUGUGCUCGAUUGCUCGUGAACUCUUAGGGUUCGUGUAAAGUUGUCCGAGAUUCUUCACUGUUUAUCCUGAACUGAAACCAAACUCUUUUUUCUUCCACUCCUCAUUAUCAUGUAUUUUUCACCAUUCGUAAUCGAUUUGUAUUUAAACCAUUGCGCCAAAGGGGCAACUCAUCACCAGUUGUUAUGUUUUUACCUACCACUACGAUGACCACUCCAUUUUCGGUAUUUUGCCUCCGUGAUCUCCUGCCGUUUAUGCUUUGGUCCGUGUUGAGUAUGAUUUCCUGAAUGUGGAAUGCUUUCCUGCACUGUCCAACCAAUUGGUCAUUGCGUUACGCUUCUGUAUAUUAAGCAAGACAUCAUCUGCGUGUUUUAUUGAAAUGUUGGACUGUUUUUGUUUUGUGUUGCGGCAGAUUGCGUAAUCACGCGAAUAAAACUGGC